GAGGAAUAUUGCAAAAUGAGUGAGACCACAAAAUCAACAGAGAGAAACCAAAGCAAAUACAUCAUCAUGAAGAAUGACAGAAAUAACCUAGUGUCACUAAAAGUCCUGCUGUUUUGUUUCUUUGGAGGUGGCGGAGCAAUCAGGCUACGAGCAUCGUACCACGGAGUCUUUCCGCGCAUCAUUAAUCUGUGCGUUAAAAGAAUGUUCUCGUUUCUAUAAACUGUGCUAUUUUGGAUGGUGUAUUGCUAUUAAAACGUGUUAAGCUGUUUUAAAGUAAAAUAUGUCACUAAAGUAUCGUUUGGUUUCUAAACGAAAGAAGGAUUUUAACAGUAAAUUAAGCGAGUUAAAAUAUGAAGCUGACAGUAUUUUAAAAUAUGUGACAGAUAUAAUUGAUGAAGGAAAUGCAAUAACAACAGAGCUUGAAACAGUGACAGAUGUAAUUUUCCUUCAGAGAUAUCCUGUCGUCAUUGGAAAAUUAAACAGUCUCUUGAAUAAAUUAGUGCGCGUGAACUGUAACAUAGAACUAAGUGCUAGUGAGGAUGAAGUGGAAGAAAGCAUACAGAAUGAUCGUUAUGUUACAGGACAGCCGUCACUGCUUAGUGAUUAUGAACCAGUAAUAACAGAAAAUGAAAUUGAGUCUAGUGCUGCGCGUAAUAACCCUGACGUUUCUUCAGAAUGUUCGCCUUCAUCGUCUUCGAAUAUUGCAUUCGUAUGCCCCAUACAAGAAGGUGAUAUUUUAGAUAUGUGUUACCUUGAUGGAGACACUCCUUACAACUUCUGGUUGCAUUACUAUCAAACCAAAUCACUUGAUUAUUUGAACAAAACUAUGUUGACUCGCUACCAUAAUAAACAGUUGCAUCCGUAUGUUAUGUCAUUGCAGUACACUUGUAGAUGUGUGUGCGCUUUUGAUGGUGAAAAGUGUUUUCGUGGUGAAAUUCUUAGUAUUCAUUUGGAUCAACCUGUUCGAUUCACAAUACUUGAUGUCGACAGUGGUAGGAUGCAAAUAAUUGAACAAGUCAGAGUUUUCAGACUUGAUGAAGAUCUUUCAGAAAUUCCUGUCCAAGCUUUAAAUUGUCGCUUGCAGGGGGAAUUAGGUGAUCCUUUGUUGUGGAAUGAUAAGGUAAUUCCUCUGUUCCAUCAGGUCCUUGCAGAAUCAGAAUUAGUUGUGACUGUUUGUGGAAAGAUUGAACAAGAUGUACCCCUGUAUUUGGUUGAGAUUGACUGCCAUAAUGAUGAACGAAUAAAUAAUAAGAUUGAACUGAACAAGUGGAUUAUACAUUCUGUAUUUCCCAGAUUGGAAGAAAUGAAGGAAAAAUUCACAGGUGAUGAUAUAUUAAAAUCCCUUUAUGUAUAUUUAGACCCUGUCACAAGAGAUAAUGAAGAAUCUACAGAGCAGGCCUUACACACAAGGAGUUCCUUUCUUACAGACAUAUCAAGGCCUUCAACUCAGUUACUAAACUUAACAUCAUUACACUGUCCUGCAAUAUUAAUCAUGGAUCAAAAUCAGCCUCACAAUCUGGGUCAAGAAGAACCUUCAUUACUAAAUCAGACAAAGAAAGAUACUCUGUUGAAGCAUAACCUUAAAACUCCAACUGCUUCAUCAACAGAAAACUUGAAUAUACCCAUAAACACUAAGCAUUCAUUGCCAAAGAUGAAUCUUAAAUCACCCUCACAAACAACACUUGAUGAGAAUGAAACAAGUAACAUGAAUUGCUUGACACACAGUUCCAUCUCCUAUAUGCCAGCUUCAUGUUCUAUAAGUAGCGGCUUAACUUCAGAACUUGUGCCACUUACACCAGAAAAAGAAAGUAUUUCCCUUCAUCAAUCAGUACUUAUACCCUCAGUUGGGCACACUUACAAGGCAAUGUUAUCUCAUAUUGAGGACCCAGGUGAGUUUUAUAUCCACAUAUUGUGUGAAGACAACUUUAAAAUUGACAAACUUCGAAAUGAGAUGAAUCAGUAUUACAGUAGAGUCAAAGUUAAGUUUAAAUCAAAGAAAGUAGCAAAAUAUAGUGUUGGCUCAUUCUGUGCUGCAUUUUAUGAUGCUGACAAGCACUGGUAUAGAGCACAAAUUGUUGAUUGGAAUCAAGACAAUGAUGGUGAUCCAGUGAGCAUAAAAUAUGUUGAUUAUGGGAACCAGUCUUCAGUACACUUCUCUGUGUUACAACCACUGACAGCUGAGUUUACAGAGUUGCCAAUUUGUGCUAGACAAUGCCAUUUGGCCAAGAUCCAUCCCUGCACUUCAACACAGGAUAGAAUAUCAAAGUGUUGGUCACAAAGUGCAAUAAAUGAGUUCAUGAAUCUUGUGAAUAUACAGUCACUUUACUCUGUUGUUGUGUUGGAAUGCAGUGGAGAUAGUGUGUGCUCACUUCCAGUCCUUCUACAGGACUGCCAAAAUGACGGCUGCAUUAAUAAAUGUAUGGUUGAACUUGGUUAUGCUGUAAGUUUUUCUCCUGUUGACUUUUCAUUAUAUGCUGCACAGAGGAAGGAACAAGAAGUAUCAUCUACAUCAGAAGACCAAAAUGCACAAAAUCUAAACGCUGAGAAUGACAGGCAUAAGGAUUUCUCAGAAUCAGAAGAGGUUAUGUAUGACCAGGAUCCAAUGUCUGAAGAUUACUUUUCAGAAUCAAAUACUCUGUAUCAUGAUGAUGAAGAUGCAUGCUAUGCUGUAACAGGCUACAAGCCACAAGAUGAGAAAAGGAUCUGUAAAUUCUAUGCUCAGAAAGGCAGGUGUUUUAAAGGUGAAAAUUGUCUGAAGGAGCAUUCAUAUCCACACCCAGGUGGCUGGACAACUGAUAAAGAACGUAUGUUCAAAGAAGCAUUUUGUGAGCUUGCACUGCCAGAUUUACAAGACAAAAUAAUGUUGCAGGUAACAUGCGUAACAAAAGUCAAUACAUUCUUUGCAGUAAUUUGUGAUGAGUGUCCAAGCAGCUCUGACAAAAUGCAUAUCAGAAGACUAGAUGUGGAAGAUGAAGAAAAAGAAGAAACGUUGGUAACGUUAAAUAAUCAUCUGAAUGAGGAAUAUAAUGUGAAGGCCUUGCAAAGAUGUGUUGUUACACCAGGUGUUGGUCAGAUAGUUGUUGCUCGUUUCAGUAUUGAUGGCCGCUUUUAUAGGGCUAGAGUUUUGGAUUAUUCACGUCGAAAAUUUUUUGUUUUUUAUGUCGAUCAUGGAAAUAGGGAAUGGGUGAGUGAAUCAAAUGUUCGUGGUAUAGAGAGAAAAUACCUGCAUUUACCAUUCCAGGCAAUUCAUUGUGUACUAGCAAAUGUGGAUGAUGUAAGUGAAAGUUUUGAAGCAAAAGAGUUCUUUGCAAGUUUGGUAAAUAAUAAGAUAUUUCAUGCUCAAGUCAUUGCAAGGCUAUGUCAUAUGUCUACACUGGAGGUACUGCUCUGGGAUGAAAAUGGUGAUGAUGUGGGAGCUCAUAUUAUCCAGAAGAACUAUGGAAAGGAACGUAUCUGUAGUACUCACGGCACUGUGGCUCAUGGGAAUUGACCUUGCUGUGGCAGCUGUAUUUUGUU